CAUUUUCAUUCAAUUUCUUGCUUGGCCAUAUCACGUGGGAUACUUACAUUUUUAAAGACUUUAUAAAAAAUUAUUUUGCAGUAAAUUUUACAAUUCGAUGAUUCGACGCUAAUUAUGUGAAUUAAAAUGUAUUUAUCAGUUUUGUCUUGUAAUGAAAUAAAUAAUUUCAUUUAUUUUAAAAAUAAUGAUAUUUUUAUAUCUAAUUUACCAUAGGUACCUCUGUACCCCAGUCUUCCCUAUGUAUUUUAUAUUUGCCCAAAAAUAAUUAGGUAUUAUACCUUUCGAUUUCUGAUCAUUUUCCAAUUAAUUCACAAUGAAGGCAUUCUCACUGUUUCUUGGCAAUUUUUCUCAGCACUAACUGUUAUAUAAUAAAAAAAUAGUUAUUUUCAAUUAAUACGAUUAUGACAUGACUAUAAAAUUAUCUAGGGACUUUUGGUUGUAUAAUUUAGAAUUUGAAGUACAUGCCAUUUGCCAUUGUAAUUUGAAGGUUAGGUCGUGUUUUGGUUAAUCACUACUUUUGUAAUUCGAAUAUUCGGAUUGGCGAACGUCUUUUUAGUGACAUUGAACAUUGCGCUGAACGCUGAAAUAAAGAAGAGCAGGACGCAAAUAACCUUAAAAUUUCCUGAAUUGUCUUCCCUUCGUCUCGAAUUUUACGUCAAUAUGCCCUAAAAAAAUAUUUUUGUAUCAAUCGCUUACGAACCUGUAUAAAUUUAUCAUUGUAAUGAUUUUAAGGUGAAAAAACAUCAUGAACAAGAUUAACACAAAAAAUAGUAAAGUUGAUAUUGAUAAGUGCCCUUCAACUUUAGCUGUCGAUAAAGUUAAAGACGUAUCAAACAAGUGCAUUUUAAACGAAAAAACACCAGAACUGAAAAACGGACUAGUCAAUGGGUUAGUUAAUGUAAAUAACUCGAGUGGAGGCAAGAAAAGUAGCAGGAAAAAGAAAAAUAAGAAUACAAAACAUGAGACUGUAAAUAGUAGUGAAACUGAACAGAACCACAGUGUAGAAAAGGAAGACCAAAGUAAUGUGGAAAAUGAUAUUUCUAGAAAUUCAAAGGAAGAUGUAAAUAAUGUAGAUAGAAAACAUGGGUCUAAAGCAACACUAGACUCAAAUGAGAAUAUUUCUUGUGAUAAAACUUCCAGUCACCUGAAAUUAGUAUCCUUAGUGUCUGAAUGUGUAUCCAAGGAUGCUCAAGUUUCCAGUGAUGUCAUCAGUGAAUUAGAUAGUUUUAACAAGCUCAGUUUGGAGGAUAAAGAUAGGGAGAAUUCGGUGGAGGGUAAUGUACAAAAACCUAAGCCAAAAAUAGAAUUUAUACAAUACGAAUCUGAACUUCAAAUGCCAAUGAUUAUGAAGAUUAUCCAAAAGGACCUCUCUGAACCGUAUUCCAUAUAUACCUACAGAUAUUUCAUUCACAAUUGGCCGAAACUUUGUUUUCUAGCAAUGUGCGAGGGUGAAUGUGUAGGAGCAAUAGUUUGUAAACUAGAUUUGCACCGUAAAGUGAUAAAAAGAGGGUACAUUGCAAUGUUAGCAGUUGAUCAAGAUUACAGGAAGCUCAGAAUCGGGUCUAAUCUUGUACAAAUGGCCAUCAAUGAAAUGUUGCUAGGUGAUGCUGAUGAGGUUGUAUUAGAAACUGAAGUUACUAAUAACCCAGCUCUUCAGUUAUAUGAAAAGCUAGGAUUCGUUCGUGAUAAACGCCUCUUCAGAUACUAUCUAAACGGAGUAGACGCUCUAAGGCUCAAACUCUGGCUGAGAUGAGUCACGAACUGAGGAAGAAACUUAAUUUGGAAUUGUUUAACGCCUUCAAGAGACAUGAUGUGGUUCUGUUGUGUUAGGAGUUAAAUGACAAAAAGUAGUUGGUUGUUACAAAUUUUAUUACUGUUGAUGUUUUUUUAAACUCGGAUUUUUCUUUGACAAAGAGUUCUCUCUAGUUUAUAAAUGGGGAUGUUAAACGAUUUUUGUAUAUUGUAUACUGUUUACAAGAAGUAUGAAAUUAAUAUUUAUAUUUUGUAUGCAGUAUAUCUUUUUAUAUUUACUGUCGAGUAAUAUUUUAUGGCUCAUGGUGGUUUUUAACAUUCUCAUAUUGCAAGUAUCGAGAACUGCUUUGAUAAUCUUUAUUAUUGUUUUUUUUUUAAACUCUUAUCAAAUAAUAGGCAAAAAAUAUUUUAAAUAUUUGUUUACCAUGUUUUCCUAAUGUUUCUUAGAUAAUAAAAAGAAAAUGAAAUAUACUUCUAGUUAUCGACGAGAUGCAAACGUAGGACACACAAAGAAAAAAAUAUUCUCUUCUAAUCAUCAUUUUCCUAUUACUUUUUAAAGGUUUCAAUAAUUGUUAUUUUUAGUGAGGAAUUUUAAAUUUUAUUUUGGAAAGUCGUACUGAGCAUAUGAAAAUAAUCGAUUGGAAGGCUUAACAAGAGAAAAAAUAGCUUUUAAACCUUAGUAUGAAGAAAGCAAAAUUGAAAAAGUUGAAAAAUAUUUAUUAAUCCACUAUUAGGAGUUAAAUAAUUGUGUGCUUGAAUAAGUGUUUUUUUUUUAUUCCUUUUUCUAUUAUGAUGUAUUUUUUCUA